GAGAACUGAACCAUUUAGCAAAAUUGGAGGAAUUUCUACGUGUGAAAGGCUCUCGAAGAAUCUGCGAGGCUGACGAGAAAGAGGAGAUAAAGAGAUUGGAGGAGAUACAGCGGUGCGAGCAUGAGAUACAAAGACACGAUGCCUUACUUGAAGAGAUCUUUAGCUAUGCCGGUCUAGAUCGCGCAGCCACGAUCAUAAACCGUUUCAACAUCACUGAGAUCGAGAACUUCUCUUGCUUCGUGCUGCUCUGUGAGGUGCUGCAAGAGUCUAUUAUUAUGCGGAGAGAUCUUGAGCUGUUGCGACAGAGAAUUCUGGACCAACGCGACAUAAACGAAGCCCGUGAAGAGAAGCAGGACAAGCGCCUAGCUCAGGUCACGCGCGGCCUGGAAGCGCAGCGAGCGCGCUGUGCGAACAAACUGGAGUUGAACACCACUGCUGAUGCGACCAUUGUCAAGGUUUUGAGGGGAAUCGACGAGUUGGUCAGACUGGCUCGGUGUGACUGCACUCCUUUACUUAGCCUACUGGGCAACCACAAGGAAGUGACCAAGUGGAACGUGCCCAAGUUCUUGCGCAUACUGGAGACUGAGGUCAAGAGCCUCAUAGAGGUCGCUUAUGGAGCCGUGAAGCCUCCAGCGCCAACGCCGAAAGCUCGUAAAGGGCCGGCAGCGCCUCCUGCUGCUAAACUAGUGGCGGACCCUUAUGUGGAAACACUGCGACCGAACAAGAUUGAAAAAUUGGUCCCGUACCAACCUUGCGCUUAUUGUGUUGAGGAUUACAUCAUGAACCGUUUUGAAACCCCUGCCAUACCCGCCGACAAAGAAUAUGUCGAAGGAAUUUUCCGUCUCGAAGAUAUCAAUACGAAGUUCGGAAUAUUCACUCUGACUAUACCAGCAAAACGACACCCAUACAGGGGUAAGAAGGACUAAUAAAUUUAUCUGACAUUUAUUGUGUAAUUUUAAAUUAUAAAAUUCGGUAAUAAAUUAUUGUUUUAUUAUA